AUGAAUAAAAGUUUCAGAUCUCUUGUUGUUGGUGUGGGUGGAUUUGAGAACGUCCCAUUUUUUAAAAAGGAUUGUCGUAACUACAUCGACAAGGCACGACAUCUACGACUAGGUGCAGAUGGUACUGGGGUGCUUCGAGACUACUUUUUACGGAUGCAGUACAAAAAUCUGGCGUUCUUUGCAUUAAUGGACCUGAAUGAUGACGAUAGGUUAAAGAUUGUAUUUUGGGCAGACCCCCAUAGUAGAGCAGCCUACCAAUAUUUCGGUGAUGUAGUCAUAUUCGACACCAUAUACCUGACGAACCGAUAUGGGAUGCUCUUUGCACCAUUUGUUGGUGUAAACCACCAUGGACAAUCAAUUUUGUUGGGAGCUGGCUUGAUUUCCUCAGAGGAUACUAAGACCUUCGUGUGGUUGUUCCAGACCUGGAAAGUCCCCGAAAAGCUUGGUAGCUAUGGUUUCUACAAAACUGGAAUGAAAACUGCACUAAUGAAAUGUGUGUAUGACACCCAAACUCAGGAAGAGUUCGAGAAAUGUUGGGAUCAGUUCAUCACCACGUACAACUUGCAUGAGAAUGUGUGGUUGGAAAGUUUAUACACUGAGCAUGAAUCUCCAAUUGAAAAGAGAUAUCAAGAUUUGUACACAAAUGAAAAGUUUUGGGAAGUUCAACAACAACUUGCUCGUGUUAUCAACUUGGACCAAGUUUUACUCAAAGUGCAUGGUACAGUAAAGACCUAUGUAGUAAAGGAGGAAGUUUGUCUUGAAGAGUUCACUAAGUUGGUUAUACAUUUAGUGGACUUUAGUCAGGAAGAUACAGGUGCUGCAAAGUGUUCUUGUGGUUUAUUUGAAAUGAAGGGGAUAGUGUGCCGGCACAUCUUCGCUGUGUUCAAAUGUAACGGGAUUAAAUCAUUGCCAGAUGGGUACAUUUUGGAUCGAUAG